AAACAGACUUUCUUAAAAACACUUAGAGUUGUUUAUAGAAAAAAAAAAAAACAAUUUUAAAGCCGAUUAAAUAUCCGCAAAUGGAAAAGGCCACUCUUUUGUAACGAAUCUGCGAACGACCACAUCAAGUUAACAUGACGUGACUUGUUUUGGAUGAAAGAUCAUGCUGCAUUUCUUUUCCUAAGGUAAAACCAGGGGCCUCCUUUGGCCCUGGACGUGUCCUCAGAAGCCUCUUCAGUAUUGGACCCAUGGAACUCUGGAAUAAAUAACAUCCAUACUAUAUUGAAGUGGAUGUUUUCCUAACUCCAGUAUGGCCAUCUCUAUUGCCAUCUUAGACUGUGAUCUUCUCUUACACGGUCGAGGUCACAAGACUCUGGACCGCUUUGACCUUCAUUCAGUCUCAGAUGACUUCCUCCUCUCCCAUUUCGGCUUCCCCAGAGACUUCAUCCUGUAUCUAGUGGAAUUACUCGGAGAGUCUUUGUGCAGACGAACCCAGAGGUCCAGAGCCAUCAGUCCUGAGGUGCAAGUCUUGGCUGCGUUGGGCUUCUACACCUCUGGUUCAUUCCAGACCUCCAUGGGUGAUAUGAUAGGGAUCAGCCAGGCGUCCAUGUCAAGAUGCGUGUCCAAUGUGACCAAAGCUUUGGUGGAGAAAGCUCCCCAGUUCAUCUCCUUCACUAGAGAUCCCUCCACCACAGAGCAGUCCUUCCAGGACUUUCAAAGAGUGGCAGGAAUUCCUGGAGUUCUCGGGGUGCUGGAUUGUGUUCAAGUUGCCAUCAAAGCUCCAAACAGUGAAGACUCCUCGUAUGUGAACAAGAAGGGGUUUCACUCUGUGGCCUGUCAGCUGGUUUGUGAUGCCAGAGGGUUGUUGCUCAGCGCAGAGACAAACUGGCCCGGUGGACUUCAAGACACGGCUGUUCUAGAAAGAUCGGCCCUCUACGUACAGAUGCAGGGCUACGAGGAAGGGUGGCUGCUGGGUGAUGGUCGUUACCCUUUAAAGAAGUGGCUGAUAACACCACUUGAGAGUCCUGAAUCUCCUGCAGAGUUUCAAUAUAAUCUAGCCCACACGGCUACACACGAGAUAGUAGACAGAACCUUCAGAGCCAUCCAGACCAGAUUCAGAUGUUUAGAUGGUACCAAAGGAUACCUACAGUAUUCUCCAGAGAGGAGCUCGUCCAUUCUUCUGGCCUGCUGCGUUCUCCACAACGCCUCCCUGCAGUCAGGACUGGACGCCUGGACUCUAGAGAGGACGGAGCCUCUGGAACAGCACAGGAAUCUUAAUCAGAAGCCCGAGGACCGUGACAACCAGGCAGAGGAACUCCGCAAACAGCUCAUACUUAAACACUUCAGCUUAAGUCAUGUCAGUGAAGACUGAGGCCAAACAACUUCUCCUUUUUACAAUAAACACCGCAGGUGUUCCACUGAAAGCAAGAAAAGUCCAGGACACCGUGUUGCUGAUGCAGAUUUUUAAUAUUUUGCUUGUUUCUACUCUACUGACUAUACUAAGAUAACAUACUUGUAUAUGGAGGAACAUGCAGGACAAUAUACAACAGACCAAGACAACAACACGUCCAAACACAAUUCAGACAACUGAGCUCACUGGGAAGUGCUUGAUUAUUCUCUCGGGACAUUCAAAUAAAAUCUAAACAUUAAUAAUCAAGCUCCUCCUGGUCAUCCACUUUCCUUUUUUUAGCCCCCCCUCCCAAAAAAAUAAAACAAAAUCCACUGUGUUUUUAUUUAUUUUUUUACCCAUCCCACAUGAUAUUUCACAGGUUAAAAUCUUGGAUUAUGUCACAAUACAAAACCCCCCCCAAAAAAACACAAGGCCCUUAUUUACAACAAUUGCACAUGAAGUUGUCAUCAUUUAUGUACACCGGUGCGUUAAGACUUAUGGGAGAGAAUGGUUUGGUGUUGGUGUGAUGGGCUGCAGUCACAGGAUGUUGUCGUGUACAUUUGGUAUGAUAAAAAAAUCGGAAGAAAAGUGAACAGAAUACAAACAUGAGUAAGCAAAGUAGAAGAGCUAUGAUAACUGUAAACUUGUGUGUUUGAAUGCUUUCCUAAAAGUCUUCCAACUGAGCUUUUAUUUUUAAGGAAUACUAUGACAUUUCAGUUUUUUGAUUUCCAGGGGGAACAUCAGGUUUAUCAUGUUAAUCAGAAUAGUGGUGAUACAAUCAAGACUUAUAAAUGUUAUAGUGUUCAAUCGAGCUAUAAGUAGUGGUGUUAUACUUCCUGGAAUGUACCAGUCCCCUGAUAGGCGUCAUCAAUAUAUACAAACUUUCUACAGAUAAGGAAUAAAUACAACACACACUGCUGUCACAUGAGCACAUUUAGUAUCAGUGUUGAUGUUGAUUUCCACAUUAAAUAAGAAAAACAGGAUAAGUGUCAUUAUUCAGUGAUUGGUUUUCUUUUUGUUCCUGGUCUUUUGGAGCAAGUUUAGAGAAAAAAU